AUGUCGCAAUCUCACUCGACAUUAUCGUUGUUUAUUCUUCUGGUAUCAAGUCUCCUGUGUAUCCCGUAUGUCGUCGCCGCACCUUGGGCUACGGACGGUCAUGCUCACUUGUCACCUGUAACCCCGCGAUAUCCUCCACAGGAAGAGUCGGGCAUUAAAUACCGCAAUGUGCUCCCCAAAUUAAACUGGCUGCGGGAUACGGCGAUAGAAAAGAUCUUCCGUCUUCCCCCAAAGGUCGCAAAGAAACCCCAUGUACCAGGGAGUGUGUCGCGACCUACCAAUAUCCAACUCCCCGCGACUUUACUUGCAAAAUAUGGCGGUGAUAAGGUACUUCGAUUCAAUCUCACGACGCCAGCGGAAGAACAAGCUUUGGCAGAAGCUGCAGAUACACUUUUUCUAGAUGUGUGGGAGUUCACAAGUAAUUGGGCGGAUAUUCAUUUGCGAGAAGAUGAUAUUCCCUCCUUACUCGGCCUCUUGCCGAAAUCUCUACAGACUUCAUACUCGUAUCUAAUGCCUGACUUGGCGAAGAGUAUUUAUCAAUCGUAUCCAUCGACGGCAUAUGCUGAUGUAGCUUUUCCCUCGAAACAUAUUGAAAAAGCAUUCACCCCGGCUUUGAGAACUAGUACUGUCGAUGGGAUGGACAACGUAUUCUUUCAAAACUAUCAACCACUAUCCGUCAUUGUCCCAUGGAUGCGCCUGAUGUCUUCCAUGUUCUCAACACACGUUCGAAUGAUCAGCAUUGGAACUUCUUACGAAGGUCGCGACAUCCCAGCUUUAAGGAUUGGCGUAUCUCCAAAUCUACCUUUGGAGAAUCUCAAGCCACGACAAACGAUCAUUUUAUCCGGUGGAUUCCAUGCUCGAGAAUGGAUAUCCGUGAGCUCCGUUACAUACACUGCCUGGUCUUUGAUCACUUCUUAUGGAAAAUCGCCUGCGAUUACAAAGCUUCUACAAGAAUUCGACUUUGUCCUCAUUCCUACUAUCAAUGUGGAUGGAUACGUGUAUACUUGGGAGAACGACCGUUUAUGGCGCAAGAAUAGACAGCAAACCAAUCUUCGAUUCUGUCGAGGUGUUGAUCUAGACCGUGGAUUCGGCUUUGAAUGGGGUGCUUCGACUCAAAGUAAUCCUUGUUCCGAAAGUUACCCAGGAGAUGCACCUUUCCAGGCUGUUGAAUCCCAUCGAUUUGCAGAAUGGGCUAAGAAUGAGACGGAGAACAAUAAUGUACAUUUUGUUGGUUUCUUGGAUUUACAUUCAUAUUCUCAACAAGUUUUAUAUCCUUAUUCUUAUUCAUGCUUGGCCGACCCACCGAGUUUGGAAAAUCUGGAAGAACUUGGUAUGGGACUUGCAAAGGCUAUUAGAAUAUCGAGUGGCGAACAAUAUACUGUCGCUUCCGCUUGUGAAGGUGCCGUUUCUUCGAAAAUACCCGGCCACUCAUCGACAAGCAGAAUGGAAACUGGAGGUGGUUCCGCGAUCGAUUGGUUUUAUCACGAAUUACGAGUGCGAUAUAGUUAUCAAAUCAAGCUACGAGAUACCGGCAGCUAUGGAUUCUUACUUCCUAAAGAAAACAUCAUUCCGACGGGAGAAGAAGUUUUUAGUGUUAUCAAAUAUUUUGGAGACUUCCUUCUGGGCGAUAAAGGGAUUGAGAAAUCGAUAUCUUCAGAAGAGGCCUUGGUUACGGAAUCAGUUAAGUCUGCUUUACCCCUUGGAGUCAUGGAAGAUGAUUCGGUCGUUCCGGAUGAAUUGACGGACGAACAUGAAGAUGUUAAUUGGGAGUUGAAACGAAAGAGGAAGUAG